CGGCUAGUACCGUCCAGUGUCAGCAACUAAAAGUUGGCACGUAGCCCAUCUCUACACAACAUUCAGAUUAGCAAGGAAGCACAAAGAUUGUACAAGUGUUAAUAAAUAACAAACAUUAAAACAUCUGCUACCUUAUGUAGCUGUUUUAAUUCUUAUUCAAUAAUUGAUGUUUACAGAAUAUGCAUACAAAUCAUUGUAUAAAUAUAUCUUCAAAUGGAUGUAAACAAAGGGAUCUAGGUCAACGGUUCCCAAACUUUCCAGUUUCAGAUCCACAAAUGGCAAUUAGCAUGACGUUUGAUCCCAGAUAUCUCUGAUCUUUGCUGUUAAUGAUAAACUGAGCACCACAGUGUGCGACAUAUGCUGCUCAGCACUGAUUGGCUCGGUUAGAAUUCUCAGGGGGUGGGGGUUAUAGGGUCGUUACCACUACCAGGUCCAUUGCUUCCCGUAAGGAAGCACUUGCAUGGCUGUCAAGACUAAAAAUAUAGGCGAGGUGAGGAUGAUGAGCUAGUGUGAUGCUUAUUGUGAAUGGAGUGAAGAAGAGAGGACAGAUCGAAAGAGGACAUCACAAAGUGGAGGAGGCAUGUGAGAUGUACUGCAGAGCUGCCAACAUGUUCAAGAUGGCCAAGAACUGGAGUGCUGCUGGAAAUGCAUUUUGCAAGGCCGCUCGUCUUCACAUGCAGCUGCAGAACAAACACGACUGCGCCACCAGUUUCAUCGAUGCAGGAAAUGCUUACAAAAAGUCUGACCCUAAUGAGGCAAUCAAGUGUUUAAAUGCUGCCAUCGAUAUUUACACAGACAUGGGAAGAUUCACCAUUGCUGCCAAACACCACAUCAGUAUCGCAGAGAUCUUUGAGUCUGAACUUGUGGAUAUUGAAAAGGCGAUUGCUCAUUACGAACAAGCAGCAGACUACUACAAAGGAGAGGAGUCAAACAGUUCUGCAAACAAAUGUCUGCUGAAAGUGGGAGCGUACUGCGCUCAGCUGGAGCAGUACCAGAAGGCCAUCGAGAUCUACGAGCAGGUCGGAGCGAACACAAUGGACAAUCCGCUGUUGAAAUACAGCGCCAAAGAGUACUUCUUCAAAGCCUCUCUCUGUCAUUUCAUCAUUGAUGAGCUGAACGCUAAGAUCGCAGUGGAGAAAUAUGAAGAGAUGUUCCCAGCUUUCUCAGACUCCAGAGAGUGCAAGUUGCUAAAGAAACUUCUGGAGGCUCACGAGGAGCAGAACAGUGAGGCAUUCACAGAGGCAGUAAAGGAGUUCGACUCCAUCUCACGUCUGGACCAGUGGCACACAACUCUCCUGCUGCGCAUCAAAAAGACCAUCCAGGGUGAUGAAGGGGAUCUGAAAUAAUUAAAAAUGAACUCCGGGUAGGGAUGCAGCAUGGAGGGACAAUACCGCGCAUGUUUUCACACAACACACACCUAGAGAGGAGCACCUGCUUCUGAUUCAGUGUUUUCCUGCUCACUGAUGUAUUUUAAGAGCUUCUGGUUUAUUUAUUUUUUUGUUACAAGCGUACCUUUAUCCAGUCAGAAUGUAAAGCCCUCUGGCCCUCACCUCUGAUUAGAGGAUUGCUGCAUUCUUUUUUCUUAGCGGUACAGUUAAAAAUCUGACGUGUAGACAAGAGACACUGCAUGUAUCGGUUUCCUAGUCAGAGGCAGCUUGUCUUUAUUAUUUUUUAAAUCUAGUUACCGUAUUUUCACAACCAUAGGGCGUACCGUGUUAUAGGGCGCAGCUUCAGUUACGGGUGUCUUUUUGGUAUUUAACACAUACAAAAGGCGCACCGGGUUAUAGGGCGCGAGCGCGGUAAAACAUCUGUGCGGGCUCGGGACUCGGAACAUAUCAGUGCAAACCAGACAUUGUGAAAAUUAUAAACAGCCAAAAGCAUGUUUCACUUUACUGGUCUAGUCCUGGUUCAGACCUGGUUUAGAGCGCACGUGCAGUUCCUCAUUGCGUGCGCUGACGGCUCGUGCUCUUCUGAUGCGCUGUGUUGAAGUUCAGAAUGCGUUUACUGGUAGUUGGUGGAUUUAACCACACAAACUUUCCACAUGAAUAAAAUCAUGUGUGUUAUUAAUAGGCCUAAGAAAAUAGUGUGAUUUGAAUUGUGUUUUAUUAAAAAAGGCAGCGGGGGCAAAUAUGGGUUUGGUUGUGCGUUAUUUAUUAAUUAAUCAUCAAAUCCAUCAAAGUCCUCAUCUUCUGUAUCUGAUAAGAACAACUGGGCUAGAGUACAGUCAAACACGCCAGGUUCUCUCUUGUCACAGUCAGAGUCUGUCUCGUUGCCGUCCGAACAAUGUUCAGCAUACCGCGCAUACCUGCCCUUUUGAACUAUUCGGGGUCCGUCUUUGCUCACAUCCGCCCCUUGCCGUUCUCUCCACGCCCCUUGUCUUCUACUACGUUCGCGUCUCACAACAAUACAAUGGGCGCACAUAGGGCGCGGCGUACAUUUUGGAGAAAAUUUAGGACUUUUAGGUGCGCCUUAUGGUCGUGAACAUACGGUACAUAUUUUAAAAAUCUAUAUUUUAAAUAUUUGAGUAUCUUAUUUGCGUGUGAGAGGCUUCAUAAUUCUGGGUUUUAUCGAAGCCAUCAGAAUGGAUUUUGUUUCUGGUUUUUCAUCCCACGAAGCAACUUCCUAAAUUACGACUAUGAUAUGCACAAAGGUAGACUGUUAAAUAUUUGUAUUUAAACAUAAUGAAGUCAUAAUUUUAUUACUCUAGGAUGUGUUGAUGUAACAAUACUUUUUUUGCACCGGUUAGCUACGUUGUAGGUUGAUUGUGAAUAAACAUAGUUGCCUCUUAUUUGCAGGGAAGUCAUUUGUUUUGUGUUUUGAGUGUAGUGCAUGUCCUUGUGUAAAGUCACAUUCACUAGUGUUAGCCAGACCAAAGGUUUUACUAAUAAAAGGUCAGUUGUCCUGUGUUCUAACCUUCUAUCAGGUGGGACAACAGACUGUGAAUGUGAUCCGUAUGCUUGUUAAAGGAAACAUCAAUAAAGGUACUAUAUCAGUA